ACGUGAGGUCAAAGGUUACCUCGUGCACGUCGUCGAAGAUGGUGUUCUUCACCUGUAACGCCUGUGGCUCGUCUCUCAAGAAGAACCAGGUGGAGAAACACUACCAGAGCGAGUGUCCGCGCUGCGAGGUCCUCUCCUGCAUGGACUGCGGCCGAGAUUUCCACGGAGACGAAUACGCCGGCCACACCAAGUGUAUCUCUGAGGCUGAAAAGUACCAGGGAGGCUUGUUUAGAGAGAGCGGGAAGGCGGGAGGCGGAGGAAAGGGAGAGAAAAAGCAGCAAGAAUGGCUAGAGAGGAUACAAGGACUGAUGGCAGAUGGUACAAAGGUGAAUCCAAGGAUUGCUAGGUUGCUGGAGAGGAUUGCACAGUAUCCAAACAUUCCCCGAAAGAGGGCAAAAUUUGAAAAUUUUGUGAAGAACAGCGUCAAUGUUCGAGACCAAACGACACUUGGAGAGUUGUGGGAUAUUUUCAGUACUGCUAUAAAACCAGCAGCUGCGGUAGUAGAAAUUGAAAGUAGCAGUGGAGUAAUUGCAGCGGAAGGAAACGAACAAAAUGAGGCUGAUAGGAGUGUUGUUACAGAUAAUGGUGAACCUUCACAGAAAGAGAAAAAGAAAAAGAAGAAGAGAGUUGAGGAGAGUGUGGGUGUGGAAACCUGCGAUGCUCCAGACACAGAUUUUGAGCAAAACCAGACAAAGACGACAAAAAGGAGGAAGAGAGUCGAAGAGAGUGUGGACACUUGCGACAUUGAUUUUGAGCAAGUCCAGACAAAGACCAAGAAGAAGAAGAAGAAGAAGAGAGUUGAAGAGAGCGUGGAAACUUGCGACAUUGAUUCUGAGCAAAGCCGGACAAAGAAGAAGAAGAAGCGGAAACACAAAGGAGAGGUUGAGACUAUGCAAGCCAGGAGUGCUGAAGUUGAAGAAGAUGAUGAUAGCACACCAACAGCUGUGGAAGAAAUGGAAGUUUGUCGUAAAAAGAAGGAAAAAACUGAAACGUGCUGCUGAUGAGGCCACUGUGGCUGAUUGUCUUCCAAAUGGUGACUUGAAGAAAAAGAAGAAAACUAAGUCGAAAGAGCAGAUUGAUGCCUCAGGGGGAAAGGAGGUAGAGAGGGGUGAUGAUUUGGUUGGUGUUGGUCCCAUGGAAGUGGCCGUGGAGUACAUCAACGGUCACCAUAACAGCACAAUUGCUGAUGGUGCGGAAACAAAGCCCAAGAUAGCCAAGAAGAAGCGAAAAAGCAAGAGAGAAACUUUCGUAGAAGAAGAAAUGGCGGAGGAGCUGCUGCCUGCACCUAAGAAACACAAACACAGGCUUUAGCGCGUGCGCGUGUAACAUUUUUAUUUGCUAAGCGCCUUGUUUGGUAUAAAACCGCUGAUUUCCGGGGGGCGCAUUAGUUGGAGAGAUUUAAAAAACCGUCGUCUCUCGCUAUGUCUGCUCCGUGCGGCGUCCCGGGGCUAGCGGCCUCGAAAACCAAGACCUCUGCUGGGCCGCUCCUGUGCAGGUGGACCGGGUGCGAAGCCUACGAGAACUGUACAGAGUUCGGGAGCGUCGAAGAGCUGGCGAGACACGUACAGACGGCGCACGUCGAACCGCUAGAGUCUCAAGACGUGGUGGUGUGUCAGUGGGAGAAAUGCAAGGUUUUCAACGUCCCCAGCCUCUCUAUUCAAUGGCUGAAGCGUCACGUGCAACAAGUUCACACAAAGGACCGCCCGUUCAAAUGCAUAAUGAACGGCUGCAUAAUGUCUUUCAACACACGAGAAGCCCUCCAACGACACGUCAACAGACAUCUGGAGCCAUCGGUUCCUCCAGCCACCAGCUCUUCCUCCCCUACCUCCCACCACCCGCGACAGAAUAGCACCAAGACUACACGAGGAGGUGGAAAGAUGCAACAACGCAGACAAGUCCACUCGUCGCAGUUUGUCCCCAAGACCUACUCCCCACUCAACCAUCUGUACUCUAAUUCCCCUCCUCGUCGUCAUCACCACCAGAGAUUUGAAAUCCCCACUGACAGUUCUUAUGACAGCAGUGAAGACAAUAGGCAAAGAAUAGGUCGUAAAAAGCCACUCAGUCUAAAAAUACGGAUUCCGCGACGCUCCAUAUCUCUCUCUUCGCUCUACCCAACCCCUUACAACGGUGCUUACAUCCACGCAGACGUGUGGGAUCGCAGAAUGAUGUCCGUCAUUCGUCAGACCUGCAAUAAACUAAUGCAAGACCCGAACUCUUCCAAAGGCCUAUGCAUUACUCUAAAUGCGAAGGUGUUGGGUCGAAGGCGGUCUCUUUUAGCAGAAGAUGAACUACUUGUCAGGUGGACACCACAUCUUGCUGACGACUGCUGGGUUCCGGUCAGCCAGUUCUCCUCACAGAAGUCAGUUCCUCUCUCCCAGAUCACCGAACCCUAUUUCUCCACCCUGGCCACCAAUGUCUUCUCUCACCCAAAGAGCGGCGGUGGAAGCCAUUGCAGAAAACGAAAGCUUUGAUCACUACGAACAAAUUGUACUUUAUCCCCCCUUUUCAACCAAUUUUUUUCUGUCUUAUUUGUACAAAUUUGGUAAUUUUUAAGAUUUUGGCAUUA